UUACAAUCCAACGGUUCACAAAAGGCGUCCUUUAAAAUAUUAUUCUUUAUAAAUUAUAAUUGAACCAUUUUUUUGUUAGUCUUUAAAAUUGAACUUUGGCUGCACUAGUUUUGAUGGGCACCAUUCCUUUAUAACUGCGAAGCUCACAAAAUUUGUAAAUUUAAUUUGAUCGCCAAUGACUAAUCCAUCAAUUAGAAAUGCGUCUAACAAAACCCACAAGCCACCCAUUUUUUCAGUUGGUUAAAACCUUUACAUCCUUUGCAUUUGCCAUUAGAAAUGCCUCUUCCCCUCACAAAGCUAUGUCUCUUUAUUCUAAUAUGCACGAGAAGUCUGUUCCUUUUGAUAGCUUCUCUAUACUUUUCACACUAAAAUCAUGUACCAAGUUGCACAAUCUAGUAAUCAAUAAACACCUCCAUGCCCACAUUAUUAAACUUGGCUUCAGCUCUCAUGUCUACGUGGCCACUUCUCUUCUAUAUGCAUAUAUAGUUACUUCGUUUGACGAUGCCUGUAAACUGUUCGAUGAAAUGCCAGUGAGAAACACUACAACUUGGAACACAAUGAUUACUGGGUACUCAAGGUUGGGUGAUGUAAAGAAAGCGAGUUUUAUGUUCGAGGAAAUGCCAGAUAGAGAUCUUGUAUCGUGGUCUGCUGUGAUUGCAGCUCACAUAAAUAGGGGCGGUGAUGAGCAAGGUUUAUAUCUCUUUCGAGAUAUGAUGAUGAACGAAGAUGGCUUAAAACCUGAUCAAGUCACUGUAGGAUCUGUUAUUUCAGGUUGUGCCCAUAUGGGUAGUCUUGGAUCUUUGCUAGGGAAAUCAGUUCACGGCUUUAUAGCCAAGAACGCAUGGGAACUGAAUGUUGAACUGGGAACAGUUUUAGUUGACAUGUAUGCUAAGUGUGGGCUCAUGACGAGCGCAUGUCAAGUGUUUGAGUUGAUGCGCGAAAGGAAUGUCAUGUCUUGGACGGCCUUGAUCUGCGGCGCUGCACAACACGGAUACAGUAACGAGGCCUUAUCCAUGUUUGAAUUGAUGCAACAAGAAGGGGUAAAAGCGAAUGAAUUGACUUUUACUGGGAUUCUUAGUGCCUGUGUACAUGCAGGUCUAGUCGAAGAAGGCCGGAGAGUUUUCAAGAUUAUUGAAGAAUGUGGAUUGGAGCUGAGAAUUCAGCACUACGGAUGCAUGGUUGAUUUGUUUGGGAAGGCCGGGCUUGUAGAGGAAGCCUAUAAAGUCAUUAUGACAAUGAAACUGCAACCUAACGUUGUCGUUUGGUCUUCUUUCUUGUCAGCUUGUAAGGAGCAUAAAAAGUUUGAGAUGGCUGAGAGAGUGACAGAGGAGGUUUUGGGGAUUGUGAAACCGGAGAAGGAUGGUGGGGUGUACUCUCUCAUAUGUGAUUUGUAUGCUUUGGGUGGGAAAUGGGAUGAUGCAGAAAGGGUAAGAAAAUUAAUGGUUAACCUAAAUGUGAGAAAGUAUAGGGGCUCUAGUUUUGUUAGAAGUGCUAUCCCUUGAAAUUUUUCAUUCCAUUUUGCCAGUGCAUUGUGAAAUUUUUAAUAUUUUUGUCCAGCAGGAUGGACAGUUGCUUCAAAUGCUAAUAGUAACUAAUUACAUUUUUACCAUUCACGUUGCAAAGUAACCUUUUGGUUAUUGAAAGGAAAGUAUGUGUAUCUGUUGUUAA